AUUUAGAUGUAUAUGAGAAAAAGAUUCUAAAGAGUAUGAACAUAUCUGAUAAUAAUGAGCCAAAUUAUAUAUGUCAGGUAUACGUAGAAAGUCCAAAAAAUAUCACAUAA